UGCUAAACUGCAGAUGUUUGGCAGCUGCAGACAGAGGAAGUGCCUAAGAGGGGAGUGAGAUUUGCUGGGCUGAAGAAGGCAGUAGAGGAGACAAGAGCUCCGGAGGACCUCGUCAUAUAACAUGCCUCUUCCACCACCCCCUUCCUCACCUCCACCCCCGUGUCCAGCAUCUCGAGAAUCUCUGAGCCUGAAUAGGCCCUUCCUACGAAGCCUGUUAGGAGGGCUGCGUAUAGCACAGCUGCUGUUAGGUGCUGUCUGCUGGAUAACUUUAGCAGCUCACAAAUAUGAAGGAGCAACUUACUUUGCAGUCUUUGCAGCAGUCUUGGUGUGGCUUCUUACCUUGGUUCUUUUUGGACUCAGUUUAUUGGGCCGAUGGACUCUGAUUCCUGUGGUGGGGACCCGCUGGCUCCUAACAAACAUUCUUCAUGACCUGUUGCUUGGAGUUAUUUUCUUCACGGCUGCUGCAGCCAUCAUAGGCUACAAGGCGCGGAGCAUCAGCUAUUGUACCCUGCGAGGUUAUAGCCAGCCCUGCAGUUACACUGCCUAUUUAGUUGCUGCUAUUUUUGCUGGUAAAACUGCCUUCCUGUACUUGCUCUCCGGACUCUACUGCUUGGUACGGCGUUUCCAGGGGCACCAUGAUAUCAUCUGAGAGAUGCAAGAAAUUCAAGAAGUACAGACCUUAUUCAAAUAGAUGGAUAAAUCUAGCAUACAAUUAGCCUAUAGGUACCUUGCUCCAGAUGCUGUCACCCUCCUGAGGAAAACCUGAUGCAUACCCUAUUUUUUCUGACAGUUAUGAAUGCUCUUACCUCCAGAUGACUGAUCUUUUCAUCCACAGAUGGACGCAUGCUGUCAUGAACCAGAAGCUAAAAAUGAUGCAUCUUAGGAGGAACUCCUGGAAAUCAGAUUGUGGAUUUAUUUCUCUCUCUUUCCCUUGUCUUCUUUUAUUUUGGCAGGAGGAUUUCUAUGGGUCUGGGAAGUUUUCACCUGAUCUGUACUUCCAAUAUACCUGAUUGCUAUAGGAAGGAUUUGGUAUUAUCACCUUCUGGUAUAUAAUAUUGGUUUUAUUAUUCAUGCUAACCUGUUUUGGAUCUUAGAAAUGAAAUGUUCAGAUUUUAUACCAUAUGGGCUUCUUGAGAGUUUUUUGUUUGUUUGUUUGCUUGUUUGACGCAGGAAUAUUCUGUUUUAAACAGAAAUUUAUACAUAAUUAUUUUCUGUAAAUUUUAAAACUUUUGAAUAUACCCCGAUAGUAUUUGUAGCAUUAUUGUGUUUUUCAGAAAACAGAGGGAUAAAGGCUUCUGCCAUCUGAAACAGCACUCUCUAAUUGAAAGAGCCGAUUUUAAUUCUAGAUGUACGCUAAUUAAAUUAAGAAAAAUAGUAUAUGUUGAAUAGGCUCAGAGAUUAUUUUUCGGUAUGGGUACAGUAUUGUUUAAUAUAUCCCAGUACUAAGCUCUGUCUCCAUGAAUGAAUUCCAAUCUUAAGGGUUUCAAUUCACAAAAGAAUUGCUCAAAUAAAACCUUCUGUCAUCUUGCCCAUAUAUGUUACUGUAUUAUUUCACUUUGAUGAAAUCUCAGUCCAUAUCCUGCAUUAAAGUAGCCUUCUCUAAAAUUGUUUCCGUCAGACGUUUGGGAUUCUAUUUACCAUCUGAAGAGAAUUAUAGAAAUAUUUGUGUCCAAUGUUCUUGAGAGCAGAUUUGGGAGACCUUGAGUUGAUGAUUUGGGAGGCCUUUUACAACAAACCAAUCAUUAUCAAUAGGUAAUGUUCAACAGUGAUGGGACAAAGAAUAGUGAGCGGAGGCUUCACCUAGAAAUGGAAAGGAUUUACUGAUAAUUAGCUAAAGUUACAUUUGGAAUUAGGGUGAAUUAUAAAUUUUCUCUAGUUAAUACCUUCUACAGUAGGCCUUAAGUUUAUGCAGGAUAUUUUUCAAAGACAGGAAAUAAAUCUUUCCAAGUUUACUCCCUGAAACCUCUGUUUUAUACAGACUUUCUAAAAAUACUGAGAAUUUGGAACUUAACGAAAAAGGUAUCUAACUAUGUAGCAAGGGAUAGAGCUAUUUUCCAGGUUAUAAGUGUGGUGUAGCUCCUGUGAUGAUAGGGCACUAUAACUUCUGUUGUUAUAAUCUGGAAGCAUUUACAAUUUAUUUUGUAUAAAACAUUAUACUCAGUUCAACUUGAGGCAAGUGAAAGUAGAAUUUUAUAGUGCCUGAGAAAGUCUGAAUAUAAAUGUAGAAACCAGCCAUAGUAGUUCAGUACUUCAGAAUUUGGUCAAAAGGAAGAGGGUGAGAAAUCAUAGUAACAAGAACUUUUAAACAGCAACUUACAUAAUUUAGAAAGCUCCUGAUAGUAUUGAGAUCCAGCAUGGAUUAAUUCAGAAUUUCAUGGAGAAAUGGUGGUGCUGGACAACUACAUCAUCUCUUUUAUCAUGCUCAAUAAAACAUACCCAAGUGUACAUAUUGGAACAUGAAGGAAUCAGAAUAAAGCUGGAAGGUACCUUCGAGGUCUUCUAGUACAGGUACACCUUAUUUGUUUCUAGAUGUUCACAGAUCUGUUUUUUAAUUAUUUUUUAAAGUAUCUUCCCAGGUAUUGGUGUUGGCUGAUUGGUCUGUAGUUUCCUGGGUCUGUUUUUUCCCCCUUUUUUAAGAUGGCUACCACAUCAGCUCUUUUCCAAUCCUCUGGUAAUUCCCUGGUGUGCUAAGAUUUUUUUUACAGAUGUGAUACAAUGGUUCUGAGAUAACAUCUGCCAGUUCCUUCAGAACUCUGGAAUGUAAUCCAUCAUGUCCUGGUGAUUUAUAUUCAUCAAGGUCAGA